AUGAACCCAUCUCUAUCAAGAGCCAAGACCAAUCCUGACCCUAUACCUAUAGCCAGCUCGUCUCAGCGAAGGUCUUUCAAGCGAUCACAAUCCGCUCCUGAGGAUGAGCUUCGUGAAGUGAUCACGGCACAUUUCAUCGACGACUAUGGCGCCCAUCACUACAAUCCAGAUGCUCAUUCUGAAUUCGAAAAUGAGCCCGUCUCUCGAAGCACCACGGACGAGGAGAAGGCCGAUUUAGCCUCGGUUGAUGAGGACCGGGAUGGAAUCCGCAGCCAGAGCGACCUCGACCUGGAGAGGGGUCGAUCCAAGUUGACAAGGGAGAAGAGCACGAGGUCGAGGAGAUCCGACCGAGAGAAAGACAUCUAUCUGGUCACCUGGGACAACGAUAUAGACCCCGACAAUCCUAAGAAUUGGACGUUCAAGAAGAAAUGGGGUGCUACACUCAUUGUGUCUGUCUUCACGUUCAUUUCUCCUACGUCAAGUUCUAUGUCUGCCCCGGCUCUCCCACAGAUUGGUCGGGACCUAGGAGUUUCCGACUCGACCAUCCUGUCCUUACUGAUAUCCAUCUUCGUCCUCGCCUAUGCCAUCGGGCCGCUUUUCUUGGGGCCGCUUUCGGAGAUCUACGGCCGUCGCAUUGUUUUGCAGUUGUCAAACUUGUUCUUUCUCGCAUUUAACAUAGGUUGUGGAUUCGCGACAUCCACCGGCCAGCUUAUAGCCUUUCGCUUCCUCUCGGGUCUGGGUGGCAGCGCUCCUCUAGCAAUCGGUGGUGGUAUCCUGAGUGACUGCUGGUCAGCCGAGCAAAGAGGACAAGCUGUUGGACUUUACUCACUUAUGCCGUUACUUGGCCCGGCUGUCGGCCCUAUAGCCGGAGGCUGGAUCGCCGAGAAAACAACCUGGCGCUGGUGUUUUUGGAGUACGAGCAUCCUCACCGUCAUCAUUCAAGUUUUUGGCGUCAUCUUUCUGCGUGAAACUUUUGCGCCUGUCAUCCUCGCGUGGCGAGCCAAGAAGAUCCGCGAGGAGACGGGCAAUAACCGAUAUCACACCGAAUGGGAGACUCCUGACCGAACGAUUGGCCAGGUAUUGAAGGUCAGCCUUGGACGUCCCUUUCGACUCCUGGGGACGCAACCAAUCAUUCAGGUUCUGGCAUUGUACAUGGCGUUCAUCUACGGUCUUAUGUACCUUGUGCUCACCACAUAUCCUACCGUCUGGGAGACAGUCUAUGGUCAGAGCGUUGGAAUAGGCGGCCUCAACUAUGCCUCGCUUGGAAUAGGCUUUUUCGCAGGAGCGCAGACCGUGGCUCGAAUUAACGAUAUCCUCUAUCGUCGUCUCAAAGCGAAGAACAAUGGAGUUGGCAAGCCCGAGUUUCGGGCACCGAUGAUCCUGCCAGGUGCAAUACUCGUUCCAUCUGGCAUAUUCAUCUACGGCUGGAGUGCCGAGUACCACACCCAUUGGAUCGUUCCCAACAUCGGCGCGGCGCUGUUUGCUGCGGGGACAAUCGCGAGCUUUCAGUGUACCCAGACAUACCUGGUCGACACUUACUCGACGUACGCGGCAUCUGCGGUGGCUUCGGUCACUGUGUUACGGUCACUGGCUGGUUUUGGCUUUCCAUUGUUUGCUCGACAGAUGUAUGAGAGUCUGGGACUAGGGUGGGGGAACAGUCUACUGGGUUUUGUGGCCAUUGCGUUUGGCAUCCCAGCCCCAUUCAUGUUGUGGAAGUAUGGCGAGACAUUGAGGAUGAAGAGCAGAUUCGCGAAAGAGUGA